AUGAGAUACGUAACGCCUGGUACAAGAUUAUGUUUUGCUUCUGAAUAUGAGGCUGGACCUGGCACUUAUGAACGUGAUGAAUACAUUUAUUCUAGUGUAGUUGGUAUAGUUCAAGAAUUCCUUCCCACAGUAUCCUCAAAUACAGUAGAAGAGAAAAAGCAAUCAAAAAUUAUAACUGUAUCAAGGGAAAAGCAUCAAUCUUCAAUUCCUGAUGUUGACAGUAUUAUUACUGGUAAAGUAAUUCGUAUGACGACUAGAGAAGCUGUAGUUUCUAUAAUGGUUGUGGGUAAUAUACCGUGUAAAGAUGAUUAUCAAGGAAUUAUUCGCUCUCAAGAUGUUCGCGCAACAGAAAAGGAUAAAGUCAAAAUUAUUGAAUCUUAUAGACUUGGUGACAUAGUUAAAGCUGAAGUUAUAUCUUUGGGAGAUGCAAGAUCUUAUUAUUUGUCAACAGCUAAAAAUGAAUAUGGUGUAAUUUAUGCACAAAGUGUUGCAGGAGCUAUGAUGGUUCCAAUAUCAUGGCAAAAGAUGCAAUGUACCAAGACAAAAGCAGUUGAACUAAGAAAAUGUGCCAAACCUAAAGAUCUUUUCUCCAAAAAUCAAUAA